AUGUUGCGGUUUGCGAUUACCCUCAUCGCCUGGACGCUCGCUGAGAGCACCACUGGGCUUGAAUGGCAGAAUGAGGUGAAUGUGUCGAUGUGCAAUUGGGCCCAGUUCCGAGCAAAUGUCAUUCGAGACACGAUCUAUUUGGACGGCGGAGAGUUGUGGUGGCAGGCCGGCCUCUCCGACGGAACGUACGCCAGCCCACAGAACGACGGAGGAAUCAAUGGCGUCGUGUACGAAUUCAAUCUAGGCCAGCCCUUCAACCAUUCGACCAACAUCACCAGCCUGUUCAAGACGCUGUCAAAAACAGGCGGCCUUGCUAGCAACAACAUCGCACCUAACUAUGAUGACGGUGCGAUGUUUGCAAACGACGACGAGUUGAUCACCUUUGGGGGCCUCGUCGACGCGACCAACAGCUCAAGCGCCCCCGCAGAGAAUGCUAUUCUAGGGUACGAGGCAUAUCAAUACGGCCCAGCGCGUCAAUCUUGGUCGCCAGGUUUCGUUAAUAAACAGCUACCGACGAACAUCACUCGCUAUGUCACAAACGGUGCCAGCGCCUCAGCCCCGAGUGAAAAUAUGGGAUACUACUUUAGUGGCAUACGAGCAGCGGACUGGGGUCCCAUAUUCAACGAUGGAGAAUCUGCAAAUACUUUGGCAAAUAGCUUAAUAUCGGUCAAUAUGUCAGUAAUGAGAGAAGAGACGUGGGCGAACGAUACGCUACCAUCUUUCGUUCCUGCUCGAGCCAAUGCAGAGCUUGCCUGGAUCCCAGCAGGCGAAUACGGAGUGCUGGUUGCUAUAGGAGGAGUCAUCGAUCCUGUCUCGCUAACUGCCGCUCAAGAGUUGAAUUCAUCACAGACUAACGCCAGCUCUCAAACUAGUCCAACGUUCAUGGAGACGGUUUCCGUAUAUGAUAUCGCCAACAAAAAAUGGUAUCAGCAAAACACAACUGGCGACAUCCCUCCUCAGCUGACUAUGUUUUGUUCCGCGGUUGCCUCAGCAAGAGAUGAUUCAUCCUUCAACGUAUACAUAUACGGGGGCUACGACGGCAUCAACCAGAGUAGCAUACCGUCAGAUGAUGUAUACAUUUUGUCCGUACCGCAGAUGAUAUGGACCCACGCGUAUACCGGACAGAGCAAUCAUGGCGGAAUCUACGAAAAUAACCCAGUUAUAUGUCUUCAAGCUGGACUUGCAGAAGUGUUCAACGUGAACAACUUGAAAUUCCAGGACUCGUAUGACCCCCGAGUAUGGAGCGAAUACAUGGUACCCGAUGUUGUCACAGCAAAGAUUGGCGGAAAUGGGAACGGAAGUGCCACGGUGCAGUCACCAGCAAGUUUGAGCGACGUCUUUGCAAGUGUGUAUACAAAGCCAAUCACGACGUAUUACCCCUAUGCGUUACAAUCUACAAACUCAACCAAUACAACAAAUCCGACACCCGGACCGACAGCCAUCACUGUCAGCGGUGGUGGUGGUCUUCCAAAUUGGGUAGGACCUGUUUUGGGUGUUGUACUCGGAUUGAUAGUCGUCGCAGCGGCUAUAAUCUUCUUCUUGAUUUGGAGAAGACGAAAAUCAGGGAGAAGCACAAGAGUAAGCGAGACACAGGCGAGUACCACUGGGAUUAGAGGGUUUGUGCUACGAUGGCUGUACGGUACAGCAGCACAAGAUACCAAAAGUCAACCAGAUCUGGCUGUUGCAGAUAUUGACGGCGCUACUGUCGUGUCCUCCAAAACCCACGAGCGCCACGUCUCAGAGGCCGGCAGUGUGGCAUUGCACGAGAUUGAUAAUAUUCACACUCCUGUCUAUGAGAUGGKCCCAAACGACCAAGGACUACAGUGGCAUGAAACUCAUUGGUCUCAACCUCAGCAAUCUCCACCACUUGUAUCUCCUAACAUUGAUGGAAUGAUGUACAGCAGCCAAUCGCCUACGAGACCAACUCAUCAAAACACCCGACAUACGAGCAAUAUGAGUACCGGAUACCGAAGUGAUAUUUCAGAGAUCGGGUCGUCAGAUCCUGGGCGUCCUGCGCAUAAUAGGCAAGUGUCAGACAACUCGGUCUCGGAUGUAACAUCAGUACCUGGUUCUCAGGAUGGAAGUAAUGCGGAGACUUCCAACAGAGAAUACACGGCUACAAAUAGUGCCACAAUGAGUGGACGAAUCACUACUGUACGAGAAGAUGAAGAGCACAAUGCUACUGAGGCUGUGGUCAGCCCAUUAGUUGAAGAGCAUGACGAAAUACAACGGCAGCGCAAUCAUUUGACAGAGCUAGAGUGA